AUGACAGUUAAGAAAAUCAAAGGAGUACUGCAUAUAUUCGACAAUGCAAACUUGGAAAAACUGGAUUUCUUCUCUGGAAUGGAAGAGAUUGACGCUGAAAGCAUAGAAGAGCGACCAGCGCUGACGAUAAUCAACAAUACCAUGUUGGAGGAGAUACAAUUCAUAUCCUUGACAACAAUCAAAUCCUCUCAACAGAUCAAUACUGUCAUCAAAGACAAUCCAAAACUUAGCGGUGUUGAUCUGGAAGAAUGGUAUGAGAUAGCUGGUGGGAAGAAUCGCACAUCCAUAGUUUUGACAGAUAUUGAGGAGGGCGGAAGCAAUGGUGAGAUAUCCAAAUUACAGAUAGGAUAA